CAGUAAGCGGAGCGGCGCUGACGUGAUUGGUCGCCGUGUCCCCAAUGUCUCGCGUUCCGAAUUUAAAAUAGUCGCGAUCGACUUUAUUGUGAGACAAGCGAUGUGAUUUGUUUAUAGUUUUUGUUUCUCAAUCAAAACGAAUUGAAGAGACUAAUUCCAUUGAACUAUGAUUGACUCGAGUAAUUUAUGUUCCUGAUUAUUGCAUACUAACAAAAACAGCGAGUGCGUCACAUUAAUCUCCCGUCUAAUGACGUUCGACCGUAGUAACCUUUAGAAGCUGGUUGAUAACAUCCAUCCAACGGGAAAAUGGAAUUAAAGUUAUUAAGCACGUCUUUUCACUUCCAAAUCUGCAGGCUCAACAAUGAAGUAAACGAAGCGGCAAAGAAGAAAUUGACAACAUUAUGAAAAUCAAGCAUUAUCCUGGAAAAGCGGUCAUGGAGGACCCGUGGCUGUCCAUUACGGACAGAACUAUGGAUCUCGUAUAUGCAGCCAACUGGGUUGGUGCAAAGAAUCUCAGUUCGUAUAACGAAAACGACGACCAAUCAAACUCUAGUAAAUUCAAUUCAAUAUCAAGAAGUAAAUCAUGCAGAGACGUUGGUCGUACUAGUGACAAAGAUUACGAUAGUAAAACAUAUUCAUUGGAAGAUAAUGAAUAUAAUUACUCUAAUAAUGAUGUUCCUAAUGAAAACAUAUCUCAAUUAGCUAAAUAUCAACAAAAUAUAGAAGAGAAAGCGAGAGCAAAUAAUAAUCUUCUCGCACAGAAUAAAUUGAAGCAUAGUUAUAGUUUUAAAGAUAUGCCAAAUGGAUAUAGACCGUCGACUUUAAGAAGAGUUAAACGUAGAAAUUUCACUGAAUGGGACAUUGAAGCGUUUGCAUCAAACAGCAAACAGCCACCUGUCCCACCUCAACGUAAGGAUUCUUUAAAAUAUGCCCAUCGACAGAGAAAAGUUGACUCAAAAAAAAGUUAUUAUCCAUUACCUGAUCCGGGUGCAGUUCCACCUGACCCAGCCUCAGAAUCUUAUUAUGAAUACUACUCUAGAGUAAGCCAACAGAACAAUGACACUGACAGUGAUAAGAUAAAACAGAUGCAAAAGGAUACAAAAAAAGAUAAAAGUAAUCAUAGCGAGCCUAUGAAGCAAAAUGGAAAUACUAUGUACCAAUUGAUAAACUCUAUGGCAACUUUAGACUUAAGUACAAUUAAGUCCAGAAACGGUAAACAAAACCUCGAUGGUGAAGCGGAAGAUUUGGGUAUAUUCAUGCAGCCUGUUAACAAGUCGUUAUCUACAUGCGAUCAAAUUCCUAAGCACACAACGCAACCAGUAAACGAACGAAACGGACGCAUCGAUGAUAAUAAACCUAGCUUUCGUUCUAAAUCAUUGAGAGUAAAAAGCGAAGGAAGAGCGCCACUCAGAGCUUAUCUCGACGCGGUCCAGCCUGACGAGACUUAUAAUGAAGUCACUGUCACGCAACCGAAAAGGAAUCUGUCACCGAGCGAACAGCUGACGUUAAUGCAGUACGAAAUGUUUAACGGAAGUCAACCUGCCCCGCCGAUUGCAAAUGGGUUACACUCUACUGAUCAAAGUAAAGAAAGUGACUAUCGGACUAUAAACGGUGCUGCAAAGCAAAUCAAACGUGAUAAGUACGGGAAACUAUACAAUACAGUGAGAGUGAAAAGUGAUGAUAGGUACGAUAGAUACAAUGACAUUAUGUCUUUCGGGACACAAAAAGACCGAAUUAGUGAAGAGCGUGUCACAACAAAUGGCAACGGUGUGUUUUCUAGAAGUGCUAAAAGUUCAUCUAGUGGGUCGGACUCGGAUUUUUCGAUACCAAGACCAAAGUUAAUAGUGCCUGUGCAUACGUACGGGACAAGAAAGCGGAGGACAGGAAAUCUCUGCCAACGCGACAGUAAUGCUACUGAAUCGUCGUUGGAUGCGGGUAUAUUGUUGGACGUGACGCGUCUAGAGCCAAACAACAAAUCCACAGACAAGCAUCCUCGAAAUGGAGAAACAGAGGGUCGCGUGGAAGUGUCACGGGAGAACAAAUACCUCAGCACAAUGGCACCAGGCAAGGUGUUCGGCGAGCUGGCCAUCCUCUACAACUGCAAACGUACCGCCACCAUCAAGGCGGCCACCGAUUGCAGACUAUGGGCCAUCGAACGCCAAUGCUUCCAGACCAUCAUGAUGCGCACUGGUCUCAUCCGCCAGGCUGAAUAUACUGACUUCCUCAAGAGCGUGCCGAUCUUCAAAGAUUUGCCCGAAGACACACUUAUCAAGAUAUCGGACGUAUUGGAGGAGACUCACUAUCAGAACGGUGACUACAUCAUUAGACAAGGCGCCCGUGGUGAUACCUUCUUCAUCAUCUCUAAGGGACAGGUGAAAGUCACUCAGAAACCACCAAACAGUAAUGAUGAGAAAUUUAUAAGAACUCUCACGAAAGGCGAUUUCUUCGGAGAGAAGGCAUUGCAAGGGGAUGACCUUCGAACAGCCAACAUUAUCUGUGACUCGCCGGAGGGCACGACUUGCCUCGUCAUCGACCGGGAGACCUUCAACCAACUCAUAUCGGCUCUCGACGAGAUCCGUACGAAAUAUAAGGACGAAGGAGACAGCAGGCAGCGAUUAAACGAGGAAUUCGCCAAUUUGCGUCUCUCAGACUUGCGUAUCAUCGCGACGCUUGGUAUUGGAGGCUUCGGUCGAGUGGAACUGGUCCAGAUACAGAGCGACUCCAGCAGGUCCUUCGCUUUGAAGCAGAUGAAGAAGGCCCAGAUCGUUGAAACGAGACAGCAACAGCACAUCAUGUCCGAGAAGGAGAUAAUGUCAGAAAUGAACUGCGAGUUCAUUGUAAAAUUAUACAAGACGUUCAAGGAUCGUAAAUAUUUAUACAUGCUGAUGGAAACUUGCCUUGGAGGAGAGUUGUGGACUAUUUUAAGAGAUCGAGGUCAAUUUGACGAUGCAACAACAAGAUUCUAUACUGCUUGUGUGGUUGAGGCUUUCCAUUACUUGCAUUCGCGAAAUAUUAUUUACAGGGAUCUCAAACCAGAGAAUUUACUAUUAGACUCUAAAGGAUACGUGAAACUAGUGGACUUUGGUUUCUCAAAGAAAUUGCAAGCAAGCCGCAAAACUUGGACUUUCUGCGGCACGCCAGAGUAUGUAGCCCCUGAAGUAAUCAUGAACAGAGGUCAUGAUAUUAGCGCAGAUUAUUGGUCCUUAGGUGUUCUCAUGUUUGAGCUGCUUACUGGCUCACCACCAUUCACGGGCACUGAUCCAAUGAAGACUUACAACAAGAUCCUCAAGGGUAUCGAUGCCGUGGAAUUCCCACGCUGUAUCACUAGGAAUGCGACUAAUCUGAUCAAGAAGCUGUGUCGAGAUAAUCCUGCUGAACGACUCGGCUAUCAGAGAGGAGGCAUUACUGAGAUACAGAAACAUAAAUGGUUCGAUGGAUUCAACUGGGAAGGCCUCGCGCAACGUUCCCUUGAGCCUCCUAUCACCCCUGUAGUGAGAUCACCGGUCGACACUCACAACUUCGACCAAUAUCCACCAGAUGCCGAUGAACCACCACCAGAUGACCUCUCAGGAUGGGAUAGUAAUUUCUAAAUUAUCUUGUACUAUCACUUAUUGUUAAAUUUUUAAUAAUUAUCUCAUCAAAAGCAGUUUAUGUACGACGACAAUGCGAAACGCAAACCCGCACGUUUAUGUUUUAAGUUGCAAAUGCGUUAUCGUUUACGUCAUUAGGGAGGUCAAGUUCAUCCAAUACGUAUAUAUUUUACUUAAUAGUGUGUUAAGUAAAUUGUUUCAUUGAAUGUUAUAAUGCCAUUAAUUGUUUAGUUGUUAGCUCUUGCCGGUUGCUUGUCAACUGUUAGUGGUGUUCGGAGUCGUCACAACUCAAUUUAAAAAAAAUGGUUUCUAAAAUUACUGUUUUUAUUUACACUCUGAAUAUCACUAUGUAUUUGUAAAUAGCUUAAAUUAUAAUCUAUAUUAAAGUCUCAACUAUUAAAUUUUAUUAUUAUUAUUUUUAUUUUAAUAAAUCAAUGCUUAUUAAUUCGAUUCAAUAGUAGUGCAAUAUCAAUAGCAAGAAUGGUUCUAACUUUUGUACUUAUUUUAACCUUUAUGUAUGUAUUAUAGAAGGUAUAAGUUACACGUGCUGAAUGGUGCAAUACGCAAAAAUGCGUCUUUAGGAACUUUAUCUAAAGCACCAAUUUCUAUGACAAUAAUAUGAUUUUCAAGGAAUUUUCAAACAGCAUUGUUACAUUUAUACCCAAAUUGGUUAAAUUUAUUGCAAAAUUAUCGAAACUGACACGACAAAAAAGGAUUUAACCUGUCCUUUUGAAGCGUAUAAUAAUUCUUGCAACUAUUUUAACUUUAAACAGAAAUAUAAAUACCUAUUAAGGUUUAUUUUACUAAAGAAACGUAAGUAUCCUGGAAAGAUUAGAAUGUCUUAUACACAUCCUGUAUCUCUUUUGUCCAAUAAAGGUUGAACCCUUUACAUUAUAUAUUUCUGUUGACUACAUGUGCCAACGUAACUGGUCUCCUAAUCAUAGUCAUAUAUGUUUUUCUAGUAGAACUCUAUAAAUUUAGUUUUUAUCAAAGGUGACCGGAAUGCCAAAAUAUUGUGUUACCAGGAGAAAUGUUGACAGUUAUUUUCCAUAUUAUUAAACACAUAUUCUUCUUAUUUUUUAAAUUCUAUAUUUAUAAAGCAUUUUGUAUGCUAUAUUUAUGUAACAACUAUAAUUAUAUUACAAUCAUCUUGCUUAAUAUAUUACUUUGAUUAUUGUAAAUUUUGUCAAACGCCUUGGAAACUAAUUCAUAAUAGGAAUACAUACACCAUCUCAUAAACUUUGAACAUAAUUUACAAUAUUCUUAAUUGUAAUGUACUGAAUUUAUUUUUGAAAAUAUAUAGAAAUAUUCUUUAUUUUACUCAUUUAUUUAUUUUUCUCAACGGGUUAUUUAGUAUACCAUAUAAUUAUAUACAGUAUACCAUAUAUCAAAUAUAUAUUUGGCAGCAUUUCUUUUUAAUAAAUCCGUAUUUAUUUUGAACAAAUUACAAAACAAUACAUAAUUUUGGUACCCAGAGUAGUUACCUAAUUAAGUGACAUUUAUAAUAUGAAAUCUUAUACAUAUAAUAAAAUAAAUAUACAUACAUACAUAAUUAAAAUGUAUUUAUUAAGUUUAAAUAUAAAAAUUGAGUCCACUAAUAGUUACUUCAGUAAUAUUUAGGUUGUCAUGUAUGAAGCCUUGGCUUUGUCGGUAGCUAUCUCUUUACAUGACAUAAUUUAAGACUUAUAUAUUUAAAUAUAUAUAUUUAACUACACAGACAUGAAACAUAUCAUGUCAGCUGUUCCGCAAAGGGAUCUUUUUGACGUUGUGUUUUAGUCCCAUGUUAUAAAGGGCACAAUUUAUGCUAUCGUGCUACUGUAAUGAAUUUUUAAAUCGGAAAAACGCUAUAUUAUUAUAAGGUUUAUAUGUGGGCUAGUGCUUUCCUUAACAAGAGAAAGGAACUAAAAACAUCUUCGCCAGUAGUCACGCUAAAUUAUUAUAUGGAAAUUCAUCUUAUAAUAGUCAAAUUAAUAAUAUAUCUUCCGUUUAGACAAGGCGUCAUUGUAAAUAAUUAUUUUAGAAAAAAAAUAAACGUAAUUUCAACUGUGUAAGUAUGAAUAACACUAUAUAAAGUUUGGGUGAUGCAAUUGAAGCUAUGUAAUUAAAAAUUGUUUUAUUUUUUGUAAUUUUAAUGAUAAGAAUACUUAUUUUUGUAAUCUUUAGGAUAAAAGAAUUAUUAAUUAAUUAAAUGCAUAGAUAUUCUAUUGAUUUUUUUUUGGAAAUGUAAAAAUACACUAUUUCAACAGA